UCACAACAGAGGUCACACAUGAUUCAAAAAUGGACGCGUCCUGUUGAAACGCUACCUACUGUCUGAGUUUAAAAUGAAUGCUUUUAUUAUUUCAGUUAUUUUGAAGCGAAAACACUGAAACAUAUGGAGCUUCCUGAAGAGACCGUGUGAGCUGUCGUCUACUCCUGCGAUGCCUUCACUCAAAGCUGUGUCAUGUUUACAAAGGCUGUGCACCUGCUACACGGCUCUCUUCAAGACCAGACCCCUUCACUGGACUGUGCUCUCUCAGAACAGAGCUUUGCACUACACUGCCUGUGAACUGCAGUGUUCAAGCCCAGACUCUUCCUCCUCUGUCAGCAGUGUAAACCAGACACCGACUGCCUCAGAACCUGCGGACGAGGGCCCUCCAUCUCCACCCGCCCACUGCUGCAUGAGCGGCUGUCAUAACUGCGUGUGGAUCGAACAUGCUGAAAAACUGCUGGAGUAUUACAGCGAUGGUGGAGACAGAGCUCUGGCAGCCAUUGAGGAGAACGUUCUCGAUGACAACCUAAAGGCUUAUCUUAAAAUGGAGAUCAAGUUACUGAAGAAGUCUUGAAGACUGUGAACUUGGGUGGAUAUUUAUUGAGAAUUCAGGGUGUUUCAUAGCAGCAGCUAUUUGCACAUUUUUAAUGGGUGAGUCUCACUAAAUCUGUCAAGAACAUGCCCGGGUCAUAUUUCACCUUAAAAUCAGAAGGAAAAAUAUAUAUUGCACAAAGACAAUAAAUCCUAAUCUGAAGGCCAUAAGCAUUUCAUUACAAUUAAGCCCCCUCCCCACACACACAAAAAAAUUCUCAUUAUCAUAAUGCAUGCAGGAGUUUUGCUUUUGAUUUUCUUAUUAUAAUGCUAAUAUACAUAUAUAAAAGUGUGUUGUGAAUUUUUAAGGGCAUGUUCAAUAUUACAGAACUGACAGAUGUCAGACUACACCCAUGAUAAGAUCUUAUCUAAAGAAGCAUGUUUUUAAUAUUUGUUUUGAAAAAGAUAUGAAUUGAUGUUAUGUAUAUAUAGUUAUGUGUUAUAAUUUUACAAAUAUACUUUAAUAUUAUAGAAAGCGCACAAUUUGUUAUGUAUCACUAUCACUUCUCUGUAAGAUUUUGUAAUGUUUUUGAAAGAAGUCUCUGUUGCUCACCAAGACUGCAUUUAUUUGAAAAUACAGUAAAAAAGAGUAUUGUUGUGAUAUAUUAUUUUUUAUAUUUUUUAAUAUAUAUUAAAAUGUAAUUUAUUCCUGUGAUGGCAAAGCUGAAUUUUCAGCAUCAUUACUCCAGUCUUCAGUGUCACAUGAUCAGUCAUCAUUCUGAUAUGCUGAAUUGGUGCUCAGGAAAUCAACGGUUGAAAACAGUUGUGCUUGUGGAAACUGUGAUAUUGCAUUUAUCUGAAAUAGAAAUCUUUUGUAACUUUAUAAACAUUACUAUCAUUUUUGAUCAAUUUAUGCGUCCUUGCUCAAUAAUAAAUCUUAAACUGAUAAUAAAUAAAAACUGACCCAAACUUUUUGAAUGGUAUAGUGAAUAAUAAUGUAAGUGUGGUUCUAUGUUAAGUGUUUUACUCUAUAUUGUACUCAUAAAUUUACACACCCCUUGCGAAAUAAAUAAUAGUAAUUUUAAAAGUUAAAAAA